CAGAAGUUCGCGUGGAUGCUCGACGUCGGCUUUCCUCGCAGCCAUGGCACCAUCGGGGUCUUCCGCACCCGACGCUCACUUUGGGACUUUGUGAUCGCAGGAUUUGCCCCGUUUUGCUGAGGACGUUUUGGAUCCGGACUUGGAAGGAAGGAAGGAAGGAAGGAAGACCCUCAUGUUGCCUCUGGUCGCCCCCAAGCUGGGACUCUUCCACCUCCGGCGGCUCCUGCUCGGAACUCCGUGCGUAAAAGGCGCACUGAGCUCCGCAGGGGAGUAGAAGGAAGGUGGGCUUGACCUUCCUCUUCUGCUUCUUUUUUUUUUUUUUUGCCUUUUCCUCCUCUUCCUGUCGUCUUUUUGCCCCCCCCUCCUCCCCUCCAUCGGCAGGACGCAGGUGUAUUUGUGUGCGCCAUCAAGAUGUCGCCGCUGCCCUCCAGGUUCUUCUACCUGUGUUUACAUUUCCUGGUGCUCUACUUUCAAAUACAGGAGUCCCAGCAGAGCUCGGCAGACUUCAGGUUCUACAUCGAGAACCACACCAGGAUCUCUGACGACCUGAGCCGCAAACAGGUGCGCAUUUACCAGCUGUACAGCAGGACCACGGGCAAGCACGUCCAGAUCCUGGGCAAGAAGGUCAACGCCAACGGAGAUGAUGGGGGCAAGUAUGCGCUCCUGGUGGUGGAGACGGAGACGUUCGGCAGCCAUAUUCGGAUCAAAGGCAAGGAGAGCGAACAUUACAUCUGCAUGAACGACAAGGGCAAAAUCGUCGGGAGGCCCGACGGCAGGAAGCAGGAGUGUGUGUUCGUGGAGGAGUUCCUGGAGAACAACUACACGGCGCUGGUGUCGGCCAAGUACAAAGGCUGGUACCUGGGCUUCAACCGCAAGGGGCGGCCCAAGAAGGGCUCCCGGACCACCCAGCGCCAGCAGGAGGUCCACUUCAUGAAGCGCCACCCCAGGGGCCGGGAGGACCCGCCGGAGGGCUUCCCCUUCACCACGGUCACCAAGCGCUCACGAAGGGCUCGCAGACUAAAAGCCAGGAGGACUUGAUGGACAGGAAGAAGAAAUAAGAGCUUUUAUUUUUCUACUCUCGCUGGAUCCA